UGUUCAGAUGCUCUUCCCUCAGGCUUUCAUUGUGAAAGGGGGAUUUGCUCUGAUCAGCCCCAGCCUUAUGAGCAAAGAGUGAGCCCUCAUCUUCCAAACCGGUGUGAGGAGCAGGGGUGUUAUUCUCAGCAUCCAAAAUCUGUGUCCUUUAUGUUUUGCCUAAUGCCCCCUUAUGAAACCAAAAUGGACCCACAGCAGGAAUGAGACACAAACCAAAACCACCACUUCCACCCAGAGCUGGAGCUUGGGCUUGGCGCAGCCUUCCCCAUCCCCUCCUGCACGCCCUUUGCUUUCCUACCUCUGUUGGGUUUGUAGCCUGGUAACACCGCUCACGUCACGGUACAGAAAACUCCCUGUGAUCCUUCAGGCUCCUGAGAGGGCUGUAGGUCUGGGAAGCAUGAACAGAACUCACCCUCAGAGAAAUGGUGAUGUAGCUGCUUGGUGUUCAACAAAACCCUUCUCUGAAGAAAAAGGCUGCUGCCGGCCAUGCGGUGCCCGCACAGGCUGCACACAGAGGUGUGUCUGCAUCUCUGCUGUGGCACUGCUCAUCCUCGCUGCCACCGUGGCCUUGGCGGUGGCACUGGGGCUCCGGCCAUGGGCACCAGUGACCCGCUUCUGUGCGGCCUCCAACAACCGGACAGGCUUCUUGUGUGAUGACAGAGCUGCCUGCAUCCCUGCCAGCCAGGUCUGUGACAGAGCCAGCAACUGCAGGAACGGGGAGGAUGAGCAGGAGAUGCUCUGUGGUGACUUGCCCCACAGCCUGCCGGGAUACCUGGUUUUCCACUGCAGUAACCCCAAGUACUGGAUCUAUGCUGACAAGAGGUGUAAUGGGAUGAACGACUGCGGAGACUGCUCGGAUGAGAUGGGGAGCUCGGCCGCCUGCCCCCUCUGCGGGUCGGAUUGGUGGAGCUGCAGCCCUGUGCUCUAUGAGUACUGCUCCUGCAUCCCCCGGAGGCUGUGCCGGGACGGCAUCCAGCACUGCCUGGACUGGUCCGAUGAGUACAUCUGCACACCGUGAACGCACUGCAUUGUCACCUUG